GUGCAAGUGGUCUUCCCCGAGCAGAAUGAGACCUCGGAGAAGGUGGUGAUUCGCGGUGCGAAGAAGGACGCCGAGGCGUGCUACAAGCACCUCAGUCAGAUGAACAAGGAACUGCUGCUCAACAACCACCGCCUGGAGGUGCCCAUCUUCAAGCAGUUGGUGGGCUUUCUCCAGGGCAAGGAUUCCAUUAAGAGCAUUCGCGAGGAGACCGGCACACGCAUCGACGUGGACGGCGACGGCGACCUGAUGGUGAUCACCGGGAAGAAGGAGGCGGUGGAGCGCGCCCGGGACCGCAUCCAGGCGCUGCAGGCCACCCUCGCCGACAUGUCCAGCGUGGACAUCAUCAUUCCAGCGAAGAUUCACCACUUUAUGCUGGGCCCCAAGGGGCGGAACAUCAAGUCGGUGAUGGCCAAUUGCGGCGGCGUGCUGGUCAACUUUCCGCCGGAGGGCAGCGGCAGCGACAAGGUGCAGAUUCGCGGCCCGAAGGAGGGCGUGGCGAAGGCGAAGACGGCGCUGGUGGCGAUGAGCAACGACUACCAGACGAACAACUACUCGGAGGAGCUGAAGGUGCGGGUGGAGCACCACCGCUACCUGAUUGGCCGCGCCGGCGCCAACAUCAACAAGCUGAAGGAGGAGACCGGCGUGCGGGUGUACUUUAGCAGCGACCAGCAGCACCAGGGGCACCAGCAGCACCGAGGCUCAUCGGGAAGAGAAAAGGAGAAGGAAAAUAGCGCCAGCAACAGUGAAGAAGUGGUGACCAUCACCGGGAAGAAGGAGGCGGUGGUGAAGGCCCGCGCCCUGCUCGAGGCGAAGAUCAAGGAGCUGGAGAAGACGGUGGAGGCGGAGAUGCGCGUCGACCCGAAGUACCACCACCUGUUUGUGGCGCGCCGGGCGGCCGUCUGCAAGCAGCUCUACGACGACUACGGCGGCGUCAAUGUGAGCUUUCCGCCGCUGGGCGGCGGCGGCGGCGACAAGGCAACGCCCACCAGCGACCGCGUUCAGCUGAAGGGCGCGCCGGAGUGCGUGGAGGCGGUGAAGGGCCGCAUUGCGGAGAUUAUCGCCGACCACGAGGCGCAGGUGACCAUUGAGGUGGAGGUGGAGGCGGUCCACCACCGGGGGCUGCUCACCGGCGGGCCGCGAAGUCGGGUGAAUGGGCUGCAGGCGGAGCACGAUGUGCGCAUCAAGUUUCCCGCACGACCGAAGACUGAAAAGGAGUUGCAGCAGCAGCAGCAGGCGAAUGGAGAGAACCAGGCGGCGGCGGCCCCUGAAGAGACUGAAGAGGAGAAGCAGGCUCGAGCGGAACGGGCCAAUACGGUGCUGAUCAGCGGCCGGGCGGAGAACUGCGAGGCGGCCCGGCGGGCGCUGCUCGCCCUGGUGCCCGUCACGGCGACGGUGGCCAUUCCCUACGAGUUUCACCGGUACGUCAUCGGGCAGAAGGGCGUCGGCGUGCGCGAGCUGAUGGACCGCUGCAAUGUGAACAUUCGCGUGCCGCCGCAGGCGGACAAGUCUGACCUGAUCUACGUGACGGGCAGCCCGGAGGCGGUGGAGCGCGCCCGCGAGGAGCUCGGUAAGCGGCUGGCCGAGCUGGAGGGCGAGAAGGCGGACCGCCAGGCGCGCUCCUACUCGCUCAGCUUUCCCGUCAACCCGGUGCACCACCCGAAGAUUAUCGGCAAGAAGGGCGCGGUCAUUAGCAAGAUUCGCACCAAGCACAAUGUGCAGAUUAAUGUGCCCGAGUCGGGUCGUGGCGGUGGCGGCGAGGCCGGCGACCUGAUCACCGUCAUUGGCUACGAGAAGGACGCCCUGGCGGCGAAGGAGACCAUCCUGGCGAUCGUCAAGGAGCAGGAGGACCUGGUCACCGAGGAGCUGUCCAUUGACAAUCGCAUUCACUCGCGACUGAUUGGCGGUCGUGGGGCGGCGAUUCGCAAGCUGGACGACAUUGAUGUGCAGUACCAGCCACCGACUGACCACCAGUUUCACAUCAACUUUGAGGAGCUGUCGGCCACGGCCACUGUCAAGGACAGUAAGGACCAUCACGGUGGUGGUGGUGGAGGCCGAGAUGGUGGCGGAGGCGGUGGCAAGGGCGGCUUCCAGGUCCGAGGAGGACCUUGGGAGAAGAAGAAUAAGGGAGGCGGUGGACACAAUGGCGGUCUGCCCAAUCAACAGCACAACAACGGCCCUGCACCGGACACCAACAAUGCACAGGAGUUCCCUGCCUUUGGCGGCGGACCGGGUAGCGCUGAUCCCUCGUCGCCCACUGCUGACGGCGGUUUGGGUGAUGAUCAGAUGAACACCGUGGGCACCGCCUGGGCUCGCAAGAACGGCUUCAACUGA